GAUCAUACGAAUGCCAAAGAUUACUGGAUAUGAAAUCAAACAUGGAAUAUGAGUAAUGAUGUAAGAAAAAUAUAGUGAGGUGAUUAUUAUUUUCAAUUAUAUUAAUUUCGAAUAUGUGACUUGUUACAAAUUUCAUAUAAUAUUAUAAUCAUUCUAAAUCAUUUGCAUUUAUGAUAACUUAUCGUUGGAUGUAGUUGAAUUAGUUGGGGAACGCGGAAUUUUGGUUUUUCGUAUUAAGUUUAGUGAUUCUAUUAUGAUUUGGUCUGAAUAUAUUUAGACGGAUUUUAUAUAAAUAAAUUUUAUAAAUGUGAUACUAAAAAUUAUUCUUUUUAUUUCAUUUCUUGUUGAUACAGAUUGUAUUUCCCCAGAUUAUAAGUUAAUAAGCUUAAAUUAUACUUAGUUUAUUUUGAGUGAUGUCCUACAGUAAUCGGCGAUGCAGGAUUGUUAUUGUACUAUACAUGGUAGCGAUGGACGUGUGUUUGCCAACACAAAGUGUGCCUGCAUUAAUGUUAAUAUUAUGCGCCAAUUAACACAUACGUUUGUGACAUAUGCACGUACUAAAUCUCAUUCAAGUAACCAACAAUACUUUCCUAUUUGUUAAAUAGCUGUUGUCGUUAUAAUCAAUUAAUGAAUUUAAGAAAUUAAUUUCAUAUUUUCAGGUGAGAUUUCCUGAAAUACAAUGGACCCUCUAAGGUGGUUGCUCAUUGUUCUCCAAAUACUAACGAUUGUUUUCGGUAAGUCAACUAUUCAUGAGCCAUUGAAUUGUCUGCUGGGUUUGGUGGAUAAUCUAAGUGAGAAUAUAUAUUAACAAUUUAAGACCUAACCAGGAACGGUUGCGAAAAAUGCAACACUAGUUCCUCUAUAAUUUGGCCACCAUAUUGUUAUUUUCCGUGCAGACGCGGAUUGGUCAGCGCCCUCAGUUUAUGACAUCAUUGCGUACUUCUGAGCUGUCUUUCAUAGCGCAAAAAGCGAUAUUAACAUGAAUGUUGAAUAUGUUUUGAUUUCAAACCAUUCUUAUUUGUGAAAACAAAUUUCAUGGAUCCAGUUACCAGCCUCCUCCCCUGAAUUCAAAUAAAGCAACUGGGGACGAGGCAGUCCAGUAGCCACCGUCCAAGUCAAACGAUUUUAACAUUACUGAGUCUGUGCAUGACAGUGGGUAAAUUGUAGUGCGAGCCAGAUCAUGGUUGCUGCUCGAACAUCAGAAAUCUACAGUUCAUUUUACUGGAUACUAUUGACUGUUUGUAUUUUGCUGUCUAUAAACUUAGAUCUGCGCUGGGCUUUCCAGACAUGUAUAUAGACAAGAAAGUAUAGGAUUGGCAUGCAAUUUCUUCUUAUGUUUAAAUAUUUGGAUCGACAUAAUUUGGGAAUACUCUAAUAAACAUAAGAUAUUUUAUUUAAACCAACUUGUUUUGGGACUGUCAUCAAUACAGGCCCUGUUGGAUAGGAUUAUAUUCAAUUAUAUUAUUAUUUUAUUAUAUUCAAUUUCAGGCAAUUGGCUCUUGUUUAAAUGGUUUAACUUUAUUAUGUUCACUUUUUUCCACAUUUUCUUAGGAAAAAACAUUCCUAUAAAGGAUGAGGAAAAACGGAAAGCAUAUCCAAGGCAAAUGAUCAUUCCAAACAAAUUUAUUCCGAUGCUGAAAGAGUCUGCUCUGUUCAAAUCUCGAUCUUCUUCAAAUGAUUUGUCCGACUUUUUGAAACCGAAGUCACACGAUGAUGUAACUGGUAAAACAAGACAAAAUCUGAUGAACGCGAUGGGAAUGGAUGGAGGGCAAGAGGAAGGUGGCAUGGGUGCCGGCAGUAUGGGGCCAGGAGGGAUAGGGCAAGGUGGAAUGGGCCCUGGAGGAGGGAUGCCUGGUAUGGCUGCUAUGGGAGGAGGGACGCCUGGUAUGGCUGCUAUGGGUGGAAGUGAAGGAUUGGGUUCGCAAGCUGGAAUGAGGGAAGGGGGCGGUCUCGAAGGAUUAGCUAAGAUGGCUGGUGGAAUGGGAGGUCUUGGAGGUAUGAAUGAUCAGAUGAAUGCUAUGAAUGGCAUGGGUGGAAUGCCGAAUUCAGAAGGGGGUGGAAACCCGUCGGAAGGCCUCAUGGGUGGAAACAAUGCCAUGAAUCCUAUGAACAACGCUGGGCCUGAGGGAAUGAUGUCCGAUUCAAACCAACUUCCUGCUGGAGAUCCUAUGGGAACAUUAAAAUCGAUGUUAGAUAAUCAAGGGACUAAUGCUGCUUUGGGAACUAACGCAGAAGCAUUUGGGCCUGGUGGAUCAGCAAACGCAAAUGUUUUAGCAAUGUUGAAUCAAAUUGUUGGAAAGGAAAUGCCUGGGGAAUCUCCGAUUGAUCCGAGCUCUAAGUCACAACAAAUGUGGGAUCAAUUACAAAAAGGAUUGAGCAAUCAAAGAGCGGCAGUGCAGCCAUAUAUUGAUUCUAGUGAGUCCAAAUUUCCACCGGGUCCCGCACAACAGGAUGCCCCUUCUAAUCCUGCACCCACCAACAACCGCGCUUCUGCUCCGAGUCCCACUUCUCCUACUCAUUCUGGGAUCAAUAACCAGACUGCAGCAACUCCAGUAUACAAUUUAACGGGCCUUUCCAAAGUUUCCCCUAGUUCCAAUCAAAAGAUACAAAAUCAGCCUAAAGGUGAUUUAGUGACCAAUGCACCAUUGCAUACUCCAAAUGCACCCGUGCAUACUCCAGAAACCAAGGUUACAAGCAGCACUUCGAAAACAGCUAAAGCAAAUAUAAAAUCCCAAGCAGCGACCCAUGAGAACGGUAUGACUAAGACAUCAUCUAACAAUGCCGAAAUUGAUUUAGAUGAUGAUCAACCGCUUUCCGACGACAUGGUGAAAUUCCUAAAGGGAAUAAAGUUUGUGGUCUCGCAAGAACCUGGGAACGAUAUUAUCUUGGGGAAGAAAUUUACCAGUGAUGUACCUCCCGUUUCGACAAGUUUUAAGGAAGAGAACGGAGUGAUGAAAAAUGUUGUGUCCGAGAAACAUAAGGAAGGCAAAGGGAAAAAUGAAAUUUCAGUGAAUAAGGAAAAUAAUAAUGAUGCUGCUGCUGUACUAAAAGUUCUAAAGGGUAUUGAUUUGUCAUACGCUAGGAAUUUACUACUCAGGCGCAAUGUGAAAAAUGAAGAUUUUGCCGAGUACCAAAGAGCUGCAAAGGUCCUCGAGAGAGCCUCAAGAAAGUUGAAGGAUCCUAUUGCAAAGAAAAGUACUGAAAUUGCAAUUGCUUCAAUUCUGAAAGUUCUUGAAUUGAGAAACAAGAAAAAGACUACUCCUUUUCCCAUUAAAGAUUUGUUAACUGGUGGUGAUGUGAAAAGUGCACUUUCUGAAAAAUAUUUUGAAGCUGCUAGAGUGUUAGGAACUGCUUCGAAGAAACUGGCUGAUCCAGUGGCCAAGAAGAGCGCGGAAAUUGGGAUAGCCUCUAUACUGAAGGUUAGCGCUUUGGGCAAUUAUUCGCUCUCUAAGAAAAACUUAGUACCAUUAAGCCACGACCAUAAUGAUGCAGCCGAAAUGUACUUCAACACAUCUGGAGUAAACUGCAAGAAAUAUCUAAUCGCAGCUGACGAAAUUGCCCAUAAACUAACAGUGGUAUCAAACUUUGAAAGAAACGUGCAUAAUUAA